CUCGACAAAUGUUGUCAAAAACACAAUGCAACACCAACUAGUGUGCACCACAUAUAUGUCACGUAUGUAGCACACGAUGCCUAUCGUCUCGCAUUAUCAUCGCCGCCGAUGGCCGCCGCGACGCCUCUGCCGGAGCUCUUCCGCCUGUACCCGGACGCGCUGCAAGACUCGCAUGCCGCCGCCUACGCGCUGUUGGUCGUGGCGCCACUGAGUGCGCUGGCAUCGCGCCUGCUUCUGUACCGCGGCAAGAAGACGUCGCCCCUGCAGGUUUACAUCGUGUCACUGGCCGUGCCGACACUCGCCGUGUGGCUGCCCAUGUGGUACUUGCCCGAGGAGAAGAACGUGUACAAGUUGUUGUCGAUGAGUCGUAUGGAGACAAUGUACCAGUGGGCGCAGAAGUAUGCGUUCUUUCGGAAGCACUACCAGGCACGCACCAUGUCACCCGAGGCUUGGCGCACGAUCGAUACAGCUUACGACAACAUCUACAACGAGAAAUCGCGCUCUCUGUACGACUUCUGGGGCCCUGGUCACGAGGAGAUGUCGCUGUACGAAACGCAAGUCAAUGUCGGACUCUUCUACGUCCUCUGGUUUGCCAUCAUCUACGCCGUCACGACGCCCAAGGCAACUCAGGCGGCCAGUAAAUUGUCUUACGUGGCGCUUGUGGCUCUAAUGGCCCUUGAAAUCACAGUCAAGUUGACCCGCUACGACCCGGUGAUUAAGGAGAUGUACCCGUUCACAACACCGCGCGAGUUUCUGCUUUGGGGUCACCGUUUUUUCCCGAUCCUCGUGUUCACAAUGGUUUCGAUCAAGAAGGUAUUCUAUGUAGAUAUGGAGAAACACCACCAACGCGUGCUCGUUCACAUGCUAGAGAAGAAUAUGGAAACGGUUGAGGAACUGCAGAGUUUGAACCGGGAAUUGUUGCCAGAACGCGAAAGCAAGGAGGAGACUAAGAAGAAGAAGUAAAGCAGUGGGCAUUCUCGUAGAGUGUUGGAAGUCGGCGUUCCAUUUUGAUCCGUGUAUACAGUUGCUGCUUAUCGACACAAAACCGCAAAAUAUUGGUGUUGGUUGAUCUUCACUUGCUGACUUGAAAGCGUGUGUUGCGAUUUAUCUCGAUCAAUGAAAUAGUUAUCAGAACUCGGACAAGUGGCCCUUUCAACGAAGAAACGCGCACUUACAAGCGAACUUCCGGUUGCUUCGUGCAAUUCCAGGAAUGUAUCUACCAGAUAUUCCCUGCUCAAUUCCUGAAUGCAAUGAGGUGUCACGUCAUGAAGAAAGUAAGAUAUUAACUUGAGCCGUUGCCUUAGUAUAUCGACGAGUAUAUCGACGCGCAGUCAAUGCGUGGCAACUAUCCGGCGAAGACACCUAAGCUAGUAGCGGAAUUCCGGAUACGGGCCGUGCGAGCGAGUGGGGUGGUGGUAGCCGACCAUGCCUUCAUACGCGAUGCCGCCGACAGCACCACCCAGAAUCGGGGCCACGAGCGGGAUCCAGAAGUAGUAGUGGUUGAGCGAGAACACGCGCGAGCCGAAGCCGACAGUCCACAUGAGGAGGCGCGGACCCAGGUCGCGAGCGGCGUUGAUGGCUAGACCCGUGUUCAUACCGAAGGCCAUGGCGAUGGCGCUGACGAGCACACCGAUGGCGGCAGGAACUGCUUGACGACCAAUGGGACGGUUGUGCUGGUCCUGGAGCGCCAGGAAACCCACGACCAGGACCGCCGCCGCGAAGAACUCGGUCAAGAAGCACGUGAAGUUGCCCACGUUUGCAAGCGGGUACGUAGCGAAGAUGGCGUUGGUCGAAGUACGUUCGGGGUCGACGAUGUUGAGCAUGGGGCGGUACAGGAUGUAUACGACCAGUGCGGCGAUGUAGGAGGCCAGUAGCUGUACGAGGAGGUAGAACGGCACUUUCUUCCAUGGCAGCAUGCCGAGUGCAGCUACAGCCACUGUCACGGUGGGGUUCAAGUGGCCGCCAGAGACGCCGCCAGCCACGGUGAUGCCGAGGAAAUAGGCAAUGCCCCACGUCAACGCCACGGUGAUGAAGGUCCCGGCAGUGCCCGAGCUGAGCGUGAUCUGCGCCGUUGCACCCAGUCCGAAGCUGACCAUGAUGAAAGUGGCGAAGAACUCGGCCAUCAGUUGUCUGGCGAACAGGCUCUUGACUUGCAGCGGAACGUUAGCGGUGACGUUGUUGAUGGAGCCGACGUCCGUGUCAUGGGUGUCCAGGUUGACAUAGGCAUCACCGUUCUUGUCGUUGUAGGCGUCAGCCAUGGGGAAUAAGCGGGGAGCGAAGGCUGUGGCUUGGGAAAACUGUCGGGACUUCUGCGGAGGAAAUUGGGGAGUGAGUGUGCGCUGGACAGGAGGCAAUCGCAAUUGCGAUGCCAAAAGCAGCGGUACACUUGAGAGCGUCACUUAUGUCGGCCAGUGGCUCUGGGUGUAGUCUCGUGGCGGUUGCAUCGGCACGCAGCAUGUCGAGUGCAGGCGAGCAAGGCAAGCUAGGAUCGCUGGAACGCAAGGACUGAAGGCCUAUCCAUUGGUGGAUCCCUGAAGUUGAAGUUGCCUUUUAUGCGCUCGAUACACUUUCUACAUGUAAAGUUUGCUUUACGCCCAAACUAAUAGGGCUCCAGUCUAAACACAAAGCAGGAGUCGAAGUCGGCACCAGAGUUAAUGCAAGUGAAAUUUUGUGUGUAGUGCCGCCAACAGCCUUAUUGCGAUGGUUGCUGUUGGUGGACGCUUCAAAUCCGCCGAAGAUGCUUAUGCCGG